AUCAGUUAAGCACUUGACUACUAGAAGUGAACACUAUUUAUUUUCUUUAUGGAUUUUGUGUUUUUUGAGACUCUAGUCUGUCAGGUGAACUUUUUUAGAGCUUCAUUACAAGAAUGUACAUUUUAACCUACUUGGUACCCAAGCGGCCUUAUCCACAACUUAGAUUCAGCGUGCAUAUUCAAUGAUAUUGUGUGAUAUUUGACACUGCGUGGUACUGUGAACCUAGACUCCAACAGAAUAUCUUACCAGUCUAUCUGAAACAUGGGAACAGUGGGGAUUAUCAUUCUAUUGAUGUCGACAUUCUGUAAUGUGUUAUUGGGAAACAGAACAGUGGUAUACAUCAUAAGAAACAAGAUCCGAUGUAUAGCUCAAAACUGUCCUCUGAAUCAGACAUUUGAACCAUGUACUAAGGAUAAUGAGAAAGAUAAUUGUAAACCAUGUUUACCUGGGACGUUCAUGCCGGAUAGAAUCAACACUGCGGAUUGGAACAAGAGUAUACCUGGAUGUAUUAGAAAUGACUGCAAUGACUGUGAUCCGAUAGAAUCAAUACUAGGUAACAAAGACACAUGUGGAAAGACUGAGAGGGCUCACUGUGUGUGUGACAGGGAAAGACUCUACUAUGGUGAAAAUGAUCCUGGCCCAGUAACAUCGUGUACCAAGAAGGAAGGAGAUCUGUGUGACAGAAUAGGAGUACAACUCAAUCAGAGAGGGGAGUGCGAACCAUGCCCUCCAGGGACGGAGAAGAACAGCAAUGACUACAGUCUUUGUAAGAAGAUUACAGUCUCACAAAAGACUACAACUCCUGAGCCUGAGACAAAAUUACGUGACACUGAAUCAACAACACACCCAAACACCACCUCAGCAAAGAAACCACCACCCACUCCAAAUGGCACAACACAGUUACCACCAUCAAACAGUAGUGACAAUACCACCAUAGUAAUAGCGGUCAGUGCGGUGAUUGUACCUUUAGUUUUAUGUUUAGUGAUUUUUUGCUGCUUACGCAGCAGAAGACACAGACAAUACUCAAAAUACCAAACGGCAGAUGAUGGGAAAUGUUGCGGCAUACAGAGGGAUUCCUCGUCUAUGAAUUCAUCUCAGAACAGUGAAAAAGAUUUAUUGGUGAACGAGAACAUUGUCAAACAAGGGGAGAAAGAAGGGUAUCCCAUAAAACCCAUGCAGAAAGUCAUGCCAAUGAUAAGUGUAGAUGAAUCUGUGAAAAAUGAGAAUGAAGAAGAGUUAUUUGAUAGUUUGGAUGCAGCUUUUCCUAAUAACAGAACAAGGGAAGACCACGCCAGUGGGGGAAGGGAGCAAAUCGCAUGUCAGCAGUCUGGGUGGCGCAGUCAAGAAUAUGAUUACACAGAGGUCAAAUUCGUAUAUUCGCCAGACGAGACAGAUUUAAAGGUCCCUUACAGAAACAGUUUAAACCCAGGAGUAGAUUUAGAUAGAACUAGGGUUAAAACGGUUUAUUCCGAGGAGACUGAAGUGAAACAAAUUGCAGGUGGUCAGUCUAGUAGAAUAUUGGAUAAUGAUGAUAGACCAGUGAUGAAAUCUGUAGUGAAGAUACAGGUAACAUCAAGUCAGUCAGUGUCCCAAGGAGUUACUCCUGUACAGGCAGUGAUGAAAUCUGUAGGGAAGAUACCGGUAACAUCAAGUCAGUCAGUGUCCCAAGGAGUUCCUCCUGUACAGGCAGUGAUGAAAUCUGUAGGGGAGAUACCGGUAACAUCAAGUCAGUCAGUGUCCCAAGGAGUUCCUCCUGUACAGGUCUUCCCUUCGCCUUCAGUAAACCAGAUGAGACAAGGAGAUAUUCCACAAACAAUGGUCUCCACAUCUUCACCAGCAAACCAAAGAAGAGAAGGAAGUGUUCCACAAACAAUGGCCAUCAUAUCUUCACCAUCAAACCAAAGAAGAGAAGGAAGUGUUCCUCAGUUAGUGGCCUCCAUAUCCUCACAAUCAAACCAAAUAGUGGUCUUGCCUUCAUCAGCCGCAAAUCAAAGGAGUGAAGUCAACACUCCACAGAUGAUGGUUUCUCCAUCCUCUCCGUUAAACAAGGGAGAAUUAUGCAACUUUGAUGCAGUACAACAAAAUUGUAUUCAGCCAACAGUGUGUCAGCCAACAAAAAAUUCAGAAAGCCUCAAUUCAGAUGCAUUAUUUGGCAGUGGUUCUGCUGUACUUGAAAAUGAAAUGAAAAACACCUCAAACAACAUUGCUCACGUUCACCACAAUUGGAAGACAGAUAUGAAGCAAAGUUCCUCUGGUAUGCAUUCUUCCCAGAAGAAUUUCAAUGGAGAGUUAGAAAACAGUAAUAAUGUGUCUUUAUGUGACUUUGAGUGUCAAACAGAGACAACUAAAGGGCAUUCCAAUGGGAGAACAAUCUCUUAUGGAGGGUUGAUAAUAUCCGAGACGGAUGAAAACAGUGAUGUUUUAGUAUCUUCACAGCCAACCAGUGAUACUGCAAGACAAAUCAAUGUGUCCACUUCUUAUCAUCCUCAUAUAGAGCAGGAGGGAAUGAAGCAGUCAAGUUAUGAACAUUUAGCUGAAUCCAGUCAGCACCAUCCAGAUCAAUCCAGUCAGCACCAUCCAGAUCAAUCCAGUCAGUCGCUGCCAUUUUAUCACUGCACUGGAGCUAGACCUGUAAGUGCUGCAGAAAACUCCACCAUAGUUCCAAUCGGGGCAUCUGUCCAGAACUCGCACAUAUUGUCGGUUGAGAACUCGGGCACAUCGUCUGGUUAUGGCACUGCAAGGAGAUCUGAGAUGGGGACUUUCAUACAGAGAGAUGAAGGGAAAGCCAACCAAACAUCCAUAAUGUUAUCAGAGCCACCUAUAGUCAAUUCUUUACUAAGAUCCAAAUCUCGCAACAGUGAUCCUCACGGAACUGAAAAACACAGAAGCAGUGACUCUCUGGGUCUGUCUAGACUGCAAAAUGCUCCUCUAAUGAAUCUAAAUUCCAGUGAUGAGGUGGCACAGAUUGAAAUACAGCAGGUGCCUCCGCUGAUUAAAGGGGGACUAGAUCGGGCAAGAGCUUCACUAGAGAGGAGGCAUGAGAAUUUACAACAUCAUGCACUGGACCAUGCAGUUGUUCAACAGGUCAGUCGAGGCUGGGUUGUGUGUGAUAAUGAUGACGUGUACUUCACAGUUCUUGUGGCAUUUUAAAGAUACUGAAUGAAAUACUGUAACCAGUGUCAAUAAACAUAUCAUUUGAAAUUUAACACAUCAUCAAGCUCAGGUGCAGUAGGAAUAAACUCAUUAUCAGACUUAAUUAAAGCAUCAUCAGACUCAGAUAGGCAUUAACACAUAAACAGACUCAGAUAGGAAUUAACAUAUCAGACUCAGAUAGGAAUUAACAUGUCACAGAUUCAGAUAGGAAUUAACACAGACUCGGAUAGGAAUUAGCACGGACUCAGAUAGGAAUUAGCACAGACUCAGAAAGGAAUUAACACAGACUCAGAUAGGAAUUAACACAGACUCAGAAAGGAAUUAACACAGACUCAGAUAGGAAUUAACACAUCAGACUUGAGACAAGUAAAUAAAAAAAAAAAACGUGUUCAUUUUUGUUUUGUGACAAGAGAUUUUGUUUCUUUUAGAGUGGUGGAGUAGAGUCGGGAUAUUGUUCAUGAUUGUUGAAAACUGAUGAAAAAAGAGAAGCAAAGUGGACACAAGCAUAUUACUGCCGAUCAGGCCACAUGUUACAUCGAAGGCCGAUGCUACUACAUGGCUUGGACCUUAAUAUUUCAGAUAAUCAUAUUGCUAGUCCCCUAUGCCAUUUGAAUAAUCGUGUAUUCUAUGCAUAAACUGUUUGUCACAUUUUCUGCAAUGUUUGAAUAUGAUAUUUGAAGUAUUUUAAUUUCACAACUCUUAACAGCCAUUUUGAGUGGAGAGUUUCGGAGUUUUAUGGAAUUAAACUAUUGUUCCCUGGUGUGCAGUAAAAUGAACAUCUACAUUUACUAACAAACUAAAUGGUAUCUGAGAAGUCCUGCUUCUGUAUGUUGAAAUGUGUCGGCAAUGAAUCUAGAAACAAAACUGGGGAUAAUAUGAAGUGCAGCAAAUCUACUGGUGCAGAAUAAAGACACAGAUAAACUGAAUGUAGUGUUCUGCAUUCUCACAUUGGUGUUUUUAAUAAAUAUUCAUGACUUGCCAAAUCAUGUCUAUACAUUUCAGGUUCCUUGUUGUCAUGUAAAAGUGCUUUUGUUUUUAUCUAAUGGGUUAUGACAUACGUUGUGUAUGCACUUCAUGUAAUGAAGAUUUGCAGAUGAAAAACGUUUUGCUAUACAUGUAUAAGUGUCUGAUAUUACUUUCAUGUUUACAUCAUAUGCUUUUUGCUGUGCACAAGUGCUUAUUGUGAUAUAUAAAACAGUUGCUGAUUUUUUUAGAGCUUUCAUUGAUUAUAGUUGAUGAUUUGUUGGGUUUUAGAUGUUUAGAAUCUCACAUUGAUAUACAACCGGUGUGUUAUAUAAUAUAGGAGCACAUUUGUUCAUUCAUUUUCCAUAAUCAGAUUCGUAGAUCCAUUGCCUGAGCAAUAAAAUACAUAUGUGAUAUGUAAAUAGACAUGAUGCAUUGGUAGAGAAUUUGUAAGGUUGUAUUUGAUUGGUCUUUGAUAUAUAGAACUGGAAUAUACGAACACACGGUAGAGCAGUGGAAAGUCACUCUACAGAAACAUACAAGUACAGUCUUAUGUACAGUGAUGAUACUAGUAGAGAAACGUUCUUUAAUUAUGUGUUAAUUGAAAUUUGAUCAUGAUAAGAAUGAUUAGAUAUAAUUUUCUGUUAGUAAAAGACAACUUUUCAGAAAGUAUAUUUGUGCCAUUGUUAUCAAAGUGUAGCUGGAGCUUAAAUUUAAAAGUCGUAUAAAUAUAUUCCUUAGAUAGCGUGUACUUGUAUUCGUCUGAAAUUUUGUCAUAAUACAUGUGUCAAGCAAAAAGGGACUUCCAGAAUAAAAUUUAAUGGGUUUUCUGAAUGGUAUAAUCUAUGUUUAUGAUUGCAUUUCAAUAGUAAAGGGUUCAAGUUUUAUGUUUCACAACUUCUUACAGGAUAAUACUAGGGUGUUUUAUAAGUUAAGAAAAGUGUUAUAUUUGUCUUGAAUUAUUAUCGGAAAGACCAUGUUAAAUCGUGAUGUUUAAAUCAAAUUUUUUAUCUAGAUAUUGGGGAUAUUAUUACAUUCCUUAUCUUUUAGUGGUAUAUUUUGCAAAGUUUUUUUUAUUGGACACCUUACUAGAAGAUAGUUGGCUGUUUUUGAUGUGAAUGCAGUUUGUGUGCUUUUACCUACAUGUAUUUAAGCUUGUAUAACCAGGAAAGUAAAUGAAGAUAAUAGAUAGAUGAGUGCGAGGGCAAUUUUUUAACUGUGAUAGGAUUAUAUGUUCACAACCGAGUUUAUUUUAAGUUUGCAUCAUAAUGAAAUCAAAGUGCUUGUCAAAUGUGUGGGGUGUUUUGUGUUCAGAAAUUUUAUUUAAUGUUUAGUUAAUUUAUUUUUUCAAAUUGAUACGGAUUACAGGCACAAAGUCUACACAAACUUACAUGUACUUACAGAAUAUAUUUGUUAUACAUGUAUAUGUACAAUAAGUGUUCAGCACAGAUAUACAAACCUACAGCUGUCUAUGGUUACGUAGACACCCAGUAUACUGAAUGUUAAGUAUUUCCACCUCAUCCUCCUACUCUAAUAAUGCAUGUUGUAAGUGACCACAUGACUCGCACAAUUUGCCUGUAAGGGCAGUUGUACCCUGAAGAAAAAUACAUACAUAUACCAUAAUUUUUGGAAAUGGGUCAUCAUCAGAUGCAGUUUUUUUUAAACAUAGGCCUUAGAUAGGUUGAGGCUACGGAGCAAGCGAGAAAAAAUAUCAACUUACUACGGAAAUAUACAUGUAUAUAUAUAUCCAAUGUAUGUGCUAGAUAUGUAUAUUUUAUAUGAUAAGCAUAAUGUAAGAUUUGAUAGUAAUCUUGGGUGUUAUAAGAUAUUCCAUUGUGAAAUAAUUGUCAUAAAUUCAAGUUUUCAUACCAUUAGCAUUAUGUGCAAUUUCAUUGCUUUGUUCUGAAUCAAAAUGUUCUGUUUUCUUGUAUGUACACUGUUUUGUAUGGAUACAUUGCGUUGAUACUUUGUUGGUUUGUUUGUAUACAUCCUUUACAUAUAUUUUCAUUGACACAAUAAAGAAUUAAAUUUAA